CAGGCGCUGCGAAAAACUAGAAAAAACCAUUUAAAAUCAAUAAUUUAAUUAAUGAAACAACUGUGAAACAUUACAUUAGACAUCAAAGUGAAAAGUGUGAGAGAGAGAGGGACCAUUACGAAAGAGAGAGAGAGAUAGAGAGUGUGUGUUUCUGACCGAGGAUAUAAAUAUCUGAAGCCUCCGAAAUAAGGCCAUGUCCCUAGCGUCACUUUAAACGACAGGCAAAGACAAGGAACAAAAAUGAACAGAUUGGAAGAGACUCAGCUCCAGCUUCUGCUGUCGAAUCUGGAAAAGGUUGCCCGUCCGCAGUUGCCCCUGAAGUUUGUGUCGCUCUUCAAGAAGGGCAAGACAUGCAGCUUGGAGGACUUUGCUGUCUACUUUCUAGCCGCCGUGCGCCAACAUACGGAACAGCAUUUCCACGGCAGCGAGACCGACACGACUCCCAAGUGUCUGACACCCGUACGACAGUCUAAGCCACCGCCUGAAGACCCGCUCAACGAAUCUCUCACCAGCCAGAGUGCCGCCAGUGCCAACUCCUCGAUGUGUACUCCGGUCCGACAGCAGCAGUCGCAGGGCCGAAGGUCCGCUGGCAGCGGUCAGUUCUGCAGCACGCCCCAAAGCGCCAAUCGCAGCGGAGGCGGCGCUGCUGGUGACCGUGGCCAUAGCUUUUGUCUGGGCGACUUUCUGGCUACAACGCCGACCCCAGGCCAGCAGCGAUCCACCAAGAAGAAGACUACUCCCAAGCAGCAGCACCUACAGCAGCAGGCAAACGCUGCUGCUGCCCAGGCCAAGCCCAGGCGUCGCGUCCUCCCGAUGACCAUUAGUAAGAACGUCUCGGCCAGCUCUUCCUUUGGCGACACCAGCUCCUUUAGCAACGACAACAAUCUGUGGCGCCUCUCGCAGAGCAGCGAACUGUUCGAUCGCAGCCAGGGCGCUGCCCUGGACAUGGAGGCACGCAAAACCCUGCUCCUGCACAAGCAGGAGAUCAAAAGUGAGGCGCCCGUCUGUGUGGCCCCAGAGAGGGGUCAAGAGGAUGAGGUCUCCAGCAUGCAGGAGCCCGUCGUCGUCAAGCUGGAUGAUGUUAAAAGUCCCGGCCAGCUGCAGGUGCUCUCGGCCAUCUAUGGCCAGCUAUUGGACCUCAAUCUGGUGCCGAACGUGCUGGGAGAGCUGAGCUUUGUGCUGCAGCUACUCAACGUACACGACUCGGAUGUGAGUCCCAGUCAGGCGGUGAAGGACCUGGAUCUGGGGACGCCCCUGCACCGGCUGGGUCUUUACAAGAACUGCAUUUACUUUGCCCUUCAGGUGCUGGAGCAUCAGCAGUAUCUUCUGCUGCAGCUGGACAGGAAAUCACUCGGUGUUCUGCUGCAACAAGAGCGCCUGGGCCUGCUGCCACAGUCGCUGCUACAUCAGUUGGAGGAGUCGUGCCAGCGUAAGCAGGAGCUGGCAAAGAAGGAGAUCACAUCCUCCUCCUCCGCCCUGACUGUGGCCUCGCCUGGUGGCCAGCAGAAUGUCUACUACCACGAAGAGAAGGACUCGCGCGAUAACUUUCCCAACCAGAAUGAGUUUGGGGCCUUCAAGUCGCAGCGCGAUCUCUUCUACAAGGCCUUCAAGCUGUGGGAGACGAGCCACCUCAAUCGGGUAUUCUGCUUCAGUCGAGACGUCACGCCACGGGUGCGGGACAUCUUCAGGAUGUCGGAGAAUGCCGUGAACAUGGCCCACUUUGCCAAGCUGUUUGUCAGCCAGCUGCUCAUCUCUGGCAGCGAGACAACCGAAUCUCCGGAGGAGCUGGGCCUCAAGCUGGACCAGCUGCGACUGAAUCGCUUGGCACAGCGACUGGUGACCUCCAACUCCAGCGUCGAGGAUCAGUUCCCCCGCUCGCAGGCUUUCUUCCGCGACUUUAUCGGCGAAUGCGCCUCCAUGGCCUUUCUGGUGCAGCUCAAGCUCGCCCUCUACGUCCAAUUGAUGCGCCACAAUGACUCCACCUUCGAGCUGCAGCAGCUGGCCGAGGAUGUGGUGGAGGAGCGCACCUCCCAGCAGGGCGGACCCUUCACUGUGCGUGCCCAGACCAUGGCCAAUAUACUGAUUCUGGCAAAGUUCCUCGGCUAUGUGACGGCCCUGCCCUACAAUCGUUGUUCCGGCCAGCCGCAAUCGUCUCUCUGCCAGCAGCAGCUGCAGCUGCGCAGCCACUUCCAGCCGGACUUUAAUCUGCGCGAGCUCCUCGAACGCUCGAUGUUGAAUGGCAAGCUGCUGAUCACUCUGCCCUGGCUGGUGCAGUAUCUGGUCAUGUUGGACCUCGUUACGCUCCAGUUGCCCAGCACUCUGGCCACUCUGGAGCUCCUAUAUGCCCUGUACGCCGCCAUGCCGGCCGAGAAACUGCAACCAGGUGCCGUUUUCAUUGCCAGGAGCUGUCUGGGUUGGCUAAUGGAGGCACAGCCGGAUCUGGUCGGUGGAUACUACAGCCACAGGGCCUUGGGGGCGGCGGGUACGGGUCACGGACCAAAUGCAGCCGUUGUGGAGAGCUGCCUCAGUACGUUUCGUUCGUUGGAGAAAUCGCAUGUGCCCCAAAUGGAGGAACUGCUGCCGGUGGCCUGCCCCUACCUCCACGAGUUUCGAGUGAGCAUCACGCCCUCGCGGCAGUCCCAGAGCACUGGACGAAGCGGCCGCUUCCGGUACAUAACCACGCGGCUGGAGCAGCUGAAUCAGAGCGGAGGAGCCACGUCCUCGGCAACGGGCCAUCCGGUGGUGGCCUCGGUGGAGCUCAGUUCGGCGGAACAGCAGCAGCGGAAGCUGGCCGAUGCCUUCCUUCACUCGCAGAAUGCCUCGACUCGACGCCUCAUCGAGUUUGUGACGGAGCGCAGCUUCAAGUGCGUGGUAAAGGAUGCCCAGCAGCAGAUUCUACUGCCGUCCAAGGCGGCGGCUGAUGGCCGCGUCAACGAGAUCAGUUCCACGCAAUAUCAGGAGGUGUUUGGAGACAUACAGCAGAUCUACCAAGAGGCCAAAUCGCAGGCCUGCCAGCGAUGGGCGGAGCAAGUGCCACGAAUGCUAAAGGAGCGCAUCGAGCAAUCGCUGGAGGCCCUGCUGCCAGAAAGCACCAACGAGGUGCUGCGAGCCACGUACGCCCAACUGAUCCGUGGCCAGGCGCAGAUCCAGCUGCAGCAGUGGCUGCUGUCGAACGUGAUGCAGUCCAGCUUCUACCACGGGGAUCUUCAGGAGCUGACCGGCAAGGUGUGCCGCGCCAACAAGAACAAAUUGGAAACAACUGGCGGCGCCAGCUCCAGCGAAAUGCAGCUGACCCUGGACGUGGGCUUCAGUCUCUCCGACAUGCUGUUCCAGCUGCAGCAGUGGCUACACUGCUGCAGCCUGCGUCCGGAGAGCAUGGGAAGUGAGGCAGAGCUGUGGGAAUUGCUCCAGCAGAUUCGACACGCCGUUCUGUUGCCCCAGCUGCCCACCGUUUUCUAUCAUUUGAUUGGCUCCAGCCUGGUGCGACUUGUCCAGCUGCUGAUCAUCCGCGAGCCGCUGCUCCUGACACCACAGAUCCUCUCUGCCAGCUGCGCGGUGUGGCGGACACCUCAGUUCUCGGUCAGCGAGCCAGCUUCGCCGGGCAUCUUUGAUGCUUUGCUUACUGUAAGUUUCAUCCAGGAGCUGGGAAACUAUGCACGGUGCUUCCGCCUGCUGGAGAAAUUCCUCCUCACCAUGCUGGAGGAGGGAGUACUGAAUGCCGAUAAGUUGAAUGAGCUGUUCCUGCCGCUCUUCAAGGAGAACUGGCCACCGGCCGUCUGGAGUGCCCUCUCCCAAAUGUUGCAGCACCUAUCGCAGGGGAAUCGAGUGGCCCACAAAGAGGGCGACAUCAAAAGUCCCGAGGACGAGGCCAAAUCGCAUCUGUUUAUGGAGAUGAUGGCCGAUUUGUCGCGUGAUUUGGAUAGUUUCUAAAACCCAAAACAAAUAUUUCUAAUUCUUGUGUGUUAUGUCACGUACCCGUUUGGACCCCUAAAUAAAGGAGGUUCU